GCGAGGUCAAGCCCCAGCGCCUCGUGCCCGAAGACUAGCUCUGCGCAGACCAGCCUCGCAGCCGGGCUUUGGCCGGCUUCCCGCACAUGCGCGCUGGGGACGCCCUGCGUAGGCGUGGCCGGCCCGGCCCCGGAAGUAAUCCGCCGCCGCGGAGGCCGAGGCCCGGAAGUGAUGUGCCCGUCUGAGUGGGUUUCGUGUCACCAGGUGAGCCUGGUUUCCAGUACCCAGCAUGGAUGGCACAGCUUCCCCGCGGGCUUAGCAGCGAAGUGCUGGCGAGCUGUUUUUAUCCUUGAACCCCUGUCUGCACACACCACUCCCCUGCCCUCCCUUCUGCUAGCUGGGACCUCAGCAUUUAGAGCUACAGGAGCCAUGAUGCCUUCGAGGCUCUUCUCAGCAGGAUGGCGGGCUGUGAUGGAGGGCAGAAAGCGCUGGACCCUGCCCACAUGGACGGUCCUCGCUCCCAGGCUGCUCUCCAUCGGCUGUGCGGACUGCGCCGAGCACCAGGAACCCCCCAGAAAGAAACUGCUCUCGGAGAAAAAGCUGAAAAGGCAUUUUGUGGACCGUCGCCGGCUGCUUGUACGAGGGGGACAUGGAGGUGACGGGGUGAGCUGCUUCCACAGCGAGCCCCGGAAGGAGUUUGGAGGCCCCGAUGGUGGCGACGGAGGCAGCGGUGGCCAUGUCAUCCUGAGAGUUGACAGGCAAGUCAAGUCACUGUUGUCGGUCCAGUCACAGUAUCAGGGCUUUGACGGAGAACACGGUGGCAGGAAAAACUGCUUUGGGCGAAAUGGAGCUGUUCUCUACAUCCGGGUCCCCGUAGGCACUUUGGUGAAGGAGGGAAACACAGUUCUGGCUGACCUGUCGUGCCCAGGUGACGAGUACAUCGCCGCCCUCGGUGGGGCAGGAGGAAAGGGCAACCGCUUUUUCCUGGCCAACGAUAACCGCGCACCAGUGACCUGUACGCCCGGGCAGCCCGGUCAGGAGCGCGUCCUCUUCCUGGAGCUCAAGACCAUGGCCCACGCCGGGCUGGUCGGACUUCCCAACGCUGGGAAGUCCUCGCUGCUCCGGGCCAUUUCCAACGCAAAGCCCGCCGUGGCUGCCUACCCGUUCACGACCCUGAAGCCCCACGUUGGCAUCGUGCACUAUGAGGAUCACCAGCAGAUAGCAGUGGCCGACGUGCCGGGCCUGGUCCGAGGCGCACACCAGAACCGGGGCCUGGGGCUCGCCUUCCUCAGGCACGUCGAGCGCUGCAGCUUCCUCCUGUUCGUGCUGGACCUUUCGGUGCCGGAGCCCUGGACCCAGCUGGAUGACCUGAAACAUGAGCUGGACAAGUACGAGGAAGGCCUCUCCGGCAGACCCCACGCCGUCGUCGCCAACAAGAUCGACCUCCCCCAGGCGCGAGCCAACCUGCCCGAGCUGCGGGCCCGCCUGGGCACGAAGGCCAUCGCCCUGUCCGCGGCCACCGGGGAGAACCUAGAGGAGCUGCUGCUGCGCCUCAAGGAGCUUUACGACAGCCACGUGGCCUCCGAGCUGCAGCGGGGCCGCCAGCCGCUCAGGUGGUAGCAGGCGCCGCCUUCCGGGUCAGCUCGGCCCGCCCUCUGACCCCCAGCCUUGGCCACGACCCCUCCGGCGGGGAUACUCGUGCUGCUGACAGUCUGCCCCCAGUGCUUCCUGCGCGGACUGACAUACUGAGAUGGGCACAUCGGGUACUUAGCGCCCUGUUUAAGGGACCACGUGGCGUGUGCAGGAAAUAGCACAGCUGGACCGAGGCCAGGUGCCAGUCCGGUUCCUCAGCGCCAGCCCACACGUGAGCAGCUAGCAGCUGUCCUGGGCAGACUUGCCUUUCUAAAGCUGUCCCUACGGCCCGCAGAGUGUUGGUUUCUGCAGGAUGUUCUGUGCUCUGUGGGGCUGGGGACAGGUGGGUCUGUAGGCACCAUGUCCCCUGUUGUCCCCAGACUGCGCCGUGCUCUAUGGGAGCUGGACGCUGAAAAUGAUUCGUGGCUUUUGCUUGAUGACUCAAUGCACCCAAUAUCUGACCCAGGACGUGGCUUCAGACUGGCGUCUGUGCUUAGCAGGUUAUUGGCUGAGGGAAGGCCAGGUGCCAAGAGGAAAUGCUGGGCCACAUCUAUGCAGGACUGUCACCUCUGGGACCCAGAGAGACUGCUGGGCCCACAGUCACCACCAGCCUUCCAGCUCCCUGUGGUCAGUUCAGAGAACGCUGCGGAGACGAGGCCGGCGUUCGUCCGGCCGACUGAUUCUCGGCUGGAGUGACGGCAGCUGAGGCCAAGGGCUCAGAAAGCGCCCCUUCUCUGUCGUGUGACUCCAGCCUGUGCGGCCCAAUACUCACUAGAGCGCCAGCGUCCACUAACUGCCAGUGGCCUGGCGAGGACAGCUCAGCUGCUGCCAACUCGCUCAUCCAGCAACACACUCUCAAACUACUGUUUCCCCUAAAUAAAGUCUGCUGCUUCUGA